GCCUGUCUCAGUUGUCGUAACGUGGCAUGUGGUCGUUUUAAUAAUGGGCAUGCUCUUAGACAUUUUCAAGACAAAAAGGUUUACAUGUGUUUUUGUUUUUCUAUUUAUAGACAGAACUCUGAUUUAAAUGAUAAGUUUGCUACUGCAGUUUUACAUCAUUCGCGCUCAUUAUUAAGUAAAGUAUUAACAGCAUGGCAAGCUUACGUUCAACAUGAAAAGCAUCUGAGUAAACCAGUGAAUCUACGGUCUACGCCUGUAAAAAGAGGAGGGGGGUUAAGUGGGGGAGAGGGGUCACCAUCUACUAGUUCUCUUAGUUUAAACCUAAAUUCAUCUCUCAGUCUGAAUAAUAUAUCUCUAUGGCAUGAAUUACAUGGUUUAUUACGUGUUUUAUGGUCUGGUAAAUGGAGUCAAGUCAGUCCCCAUGGUUUUCUACAUACAGUAUGGAACAGAAUUCCCAUGUUUAAAGGUUAUUCUCAACAUGAUGCUCAAGAAUUUUUAUGUGAAUUAUUAGAUAAAUUAGAAGAUGAGGUACCGGAACUUCCUGAAACUAAUCACCAUAGCAACAUAUUAACUGAUAUCUUUCAAGGUCAACUAGUUAGCAGUGUAACUUGUAUGAAAUGUGACCAUCAAUCCUCAACAUACGAACCAUUCUUAGAUUUAUCACUAGAAUUUCCCGAUCGUUAUCAAAUCACAUCAUCUAAUAGUAAUAUCUCGGAUACUUCCUGUCAUGUGACUGAGAUGUUAUCAAAAUGGUCAGGGCGUUAUCAUAGAGAGAAAAUAGCAGCACAUGUUAGAUUUGAUGAAGAUUUAGACAUGUCACCAUAUUGUUCAGACUCGGUCGGCUGGACUUCAUGUACCUACCGACUGGCAGGGGUCGUAGUUCAUCAUGGGUGGGGCUUCGGAUCAGGCCACUAUACUUCAUAUUGUUGGAGUAAUGAAGCAGAUUCCUGGUUAGAUUGUAAUGAUUCUAAAGUGGAGUUCACCACUCUACAAGACGUACAGAAAUCACAAGCCUAUAUUUUAUUCUAUACACAAGUUACGCAGGAUAUUUCAGAUGAGUCCCUAGCAACACCCUUAGAAACAACGACGUCUGGUGAAUUCUCAGACUCUGAAAGCCUUAGUGAAAAUUCGUUAAUGGUGGACGAAGAUAUAACAUUCAAUUUUAAGAAUUCAGAUUUGUUUACGGACAGUAAUUCUAAUGCAUCUGCGACUAUCUCUACGCCUCCUCGAUUAAAACGUCGCCGAACAAAUUCAUUAUGA